AUGUUGCUCCCCCGCUUAGUCCCCGAUGUCCUCGCGAAGCUGGUAUCCAAAGCCGCCUUGACCGGGAACUAUGGCAAAUCCUUCGCCAGCAACGUCAUGGCCUCGCUCUCGCAGCACCCGGCACAGCUUCACGCAAUGAUCUUCGCAGUCAUGGUGCACGACCGCAUACAGCAAGGCAUCAGCAACCCGACCGCCACGGAGUUGAUGGUUGGCACAGAAGCCAUCCGGCUCCUGAAUCAGGAAAUCAGCGACCCAGACCCCAAACGGGCCUUGUCGGACUCCAACAUCUGGGCGGUCCUGGUGCUCGCGUACUCUGGACGCGAAGACCGGAUACGGUCCGGGCAGAGCUACCCGCGGCAGUCCUUUCUGAGAGAGCUACAGUCGAUCCACAUCUAUCUGAAGAUGGAGAUUGUCAUUGAGCAUGUACUAGGUCUUAUCAAAAUGAUGGAGCUGCUCGGGGAUUUGCACAAAAUCAGGACGCCCGGGAUAGCACCCGUGGUCUCUUGGUGUGGUAUCAUGGGUGCGUGCCGGAACAUCGGAAGACCCAUAUUCCCCUUUAUAUCCCACACAGCCACGUUCGUCCGCGAAGACGGUCGUCUCUCAGUAACUGACCACGAGCGCGACGCCGUUGCUACCGAUUUGGGUCACUUGGGCACGGGCUUCUGGCAGGUCUGGGACAAGACGAAGAAUCCUUUCACCGCCGCCGCCGCCACCACCACCACCCCGAGCUACCUGGAAGAUCUCUUGACCGUCAUCCAAGACAUCUGCGACUUCACCGUCGUGGUCGAGAACCACGCGAGCGGGAGAUGGAUGCCCCGCACGUCGCCCGAGAUUAUCGACCAGCGAAACUUCGUCCAGCACAAGUUGAUGUCGCUGUGGUCGGCGGAGGAGCUCCACCUCACCACAAGUACCACGGACGGCAUCUUUGCGGAUGACGACGUGCAGUACGAGACCUGCCGGCUGGCCUGCAUCAUUUACUCCUUUAUCGUCGUGUUCCCCGUUCCCCCCGUGGUGGGGCCAUUUGAGACCUUGAUCGACAGGCUCAAGCGCGCGCUGCAAGCGACCGCGUGGAAGGACUUUGAGCCUCCGAGGCUGAGGGUGCACCUGUGGAUCCUGGUCAUGGGCGCCAUCGCGUCGAUAGGCUUGCCCGACCGUCCGUGGUUUCUAUUACGGGUCAUGGAAGUGUUGAACGAGUUCGAUGACAUGGCUGACUGGAGCGAUCUGAAGGCGUUUUUGAAGACGUUCUUGUGGCAUCCCCGUACGAGCGACCCGGACGGACUCGAUAUUUGGAAGGCGGUUCAGCAAGGCAACGACGUGCUGGAUACAAUAUAA